AUGGAUGGCGGCACAACAUCUACAGGAAACCAACAACCAAGCGUGCAAAAAAGGCGAAGCAGUCUUUUUGCUCGCGCCACGAAGAGUUUUGCGAGGUCGAAUGGAAAUCGAGGUGCGAGCGUUGAAGUUCUGCGUGGUAACAAUGGUUCCGAUUUUGAAGCAUUAGGGCGCGUCGAUCGCGGUGGAACAGAUAGUGGAUGCUUAGAGUGCUUGUUCCUUGGUCGCCGUUCAAAGUGCGAUACAGACUACUUGAUGUUAAUCAAAGGACCAUUCUGCUUCGUUUUCGAAAGCGUAAAGGCGGAAUCGCCCGAGUACGCCAUUGGUCUUCAGAACAUGCGUCCGGAGAUUCAACCUCCUUCUUCGCAAGGCCGUACAUGCGUUUCAAUGAAUACGAAUCUUGGCGACACAGAGUACGAAGUGUCGUUUGAGUCCGAAAAUACGGCCCGUCAAUUUGCGGCAGCCGUGCGAGAGCAGGCGGCGGCAGCGCGCGCAGAACAGGUUCGCAAAGAUCUCGGGCAUACUCACCUCAUUACAAAGCGAUCCUCUCUUCGCUAUGCCGAAAAUAUUGCCUUGAAGAAGCUAAAUGAUCAGCCUGAGUCUCUCGUCAAGACGGAGGACAUCAUGCAAAACAUGCCAGAUCCGACUAUGGCAAUGUAGUAUAGCUAAAAAUGCGCUAGAUAAAGGCUCUCUAGAGG